UGAUCCAGAAUACAUAAACACACACCUUUGGAUUCCAAGUAUCCCUGCCACCUUUGAACACAGAUAGAUAGGGUUAUUACUUCCUGCCUUCCAGGCUUCAAUGUGCAUCCUGGAUUGUGAUUCAGUUCGUCUCUAUCCUGCAUAGCAACAUUAAUUGAACAGAUUUAGUUCAUUGGCGCUCUGAAAAACAGGCUCUUUACAUUUCUUGUGUGGAGAAACCAAACGUCCAGCAAUGAGGGUGCUCUGUUGCUGCACUGCUUUGCUGCUGCUCAUUUUUAUUCCCAGAGCCUGUGAAGGAGGCAACAUCUUAGUGUUUCCUUCAGAAGGCAGCCACUGGAUGAAGGUGUUCUGCUGCUGUACUGCUUUCCUGCUGCUUGUCCUUAUUCCCACAGCCUGUGAAGGAGGCAACAUCUUAGUCUUUCCCUCUGAAGGCAGCCACUGGGUAAACAUGGACAUUCUACUAAAAGCUUUUCACUCUAGAGGACACAACAUCACUGUUUUACGUCCCAACAACAGCUGGUACAUAAAAGAUGACUCAUCCUAUAAUACCAUUACAGUUCCAGUGGAGAACAUCGUGGAUCAGAAGUUCAUCACAAGAAUUGUGUCUGAGGCCAUACAAUUUGAACGAGGGGCUCUCCCCUUGACGAGUUUUCUUCAAAUGAGUGGAGGGAUGAUCAGCUUAAUUGUUGAUGUUCAUAAAGGUGUAGCUAAUUUUGUAUCUGCAAUACUAGAUGACAAUGACUUGAUAAGAAAACUGAAAGACAGCAAGUUUGACCUGUUACUCGCUGACCCCUGCUGGGGUGGUGGAGUCAUUCUGGCCAAAUAUUUGAACCUUCCUUUGGUUUAUAAUGUUCGCUGGUUAUUAGGUACAGAGGCUCAUCUUUCCAUAGCUCCGUCACCAUUAUCUUACAUUCCUGUGACUGGAACUGGGAAUACUGUCGAGAUGACCUUUUUUCAGAGAGUUACAAACAUGGUUUUACACAUCAUAACUCAAACACAGAACAGCCUGGCAUUUAAACUAGUAUACCAGAAAACAGCUGACAAAUAUCUUGGGCCUGGUUAUGAUUUCAAUGAGUUAAUGAUCGAUGCAGACAUUUGGCUGAUGAGAGUGGACUUUGUGUUUGAGUACCCACGCCCUACAAUGCCUAAUGUUGUUUAUAUCGGAGGGUUCCAGUGCAAACCUGCUAAACCUCUGCCUCAGCACUUGGAGGACUUUGUGCAGAGUUCUGGAGAGCAUGGCUUCAUCCUCAUGUCUUUGGGGACUUUUGUGACUGAACUUCCUGCUGACAUGGCAAAUGAGAUCGCUGCAGCUUUUGCUAAACUACCACAGAAAGUGAUCUGGAAGUAUAAAGGUGACAGACCAGCCACUCUGGGUAAUAACACUUUACUGGUGGACUGGAUGCCACAGAAUGACCUUUUAGGACAUCCAAAAAUAAAACUGUUUGUGGCACAUGGAGGAACAAACGGAGUCCAGGAAGCUAUUUAUCAUGGAGUCCCAGUUGUGGGCAUAUCCUUUUUUUUUGAUCAGUAUGACAACCUGCUACGUCUGAAAGACAGAGGAGGAGCUAAGAUACUUACAUUAACUACAGUGGACAAAGACAACAACUUCCUGAAGGCCAUAAAGGAAGUCCUGAAUGAUCCCUCCUACAGGGCGAACAUGCAGAGACUUUCCAGGCUACACAGAGAUAAGCCAGUAAAGCCACUGGAUAACGCCCUCUUCUGGAUAGAGUUUGUCAUGAGGCACAAAGGAGCAGCUCACCUGAAAGCAGAGUCCUACAGAAUGCCCUGGUAUUCCUACCACUCUGUAGAUGUAGUUUUGUUCCUGGCUGGAGCUAUGCUGCUUGUGCUUUUAACUACUUUCUACCUUAUUAGGUGUGUAUACACUGGAAUGUGUAAAUAUAAAGUGAAACGUGAGUGACAACGUGAGGUAUUCUAGUGGGAUCGUGGGCUGAGCUUGACUUCCUGGUUUGCCUGAACUAAUGCUAUGUUCAGUUUUUUGUAAUUGAUCAUUAACCAUAAUAAUGAUAUAAAAUGCAGCUGCAUCUUUCUUUUUUGCUUCUUCUGCAACUUAUUCUAACCUCAGCUCAACAGUAUCGCAAUAACAAGUUGUAUUUGUCAGUUUCGGAGAGGCUAAUUUUCUCUCAUCACUCAAUGAGUGAAGACAAGAAGGAUUAAUCCAUACUGUAAGGCACCAUUUUGUCUUAAGCUGAAUAAAGCCAGAACAAAAAUGAUAUUAGUGCAAUUUAAAUUCCAUUUCAUAUGCAUUUAUGAGUUAAACCAAAAAUUCCCCCAAACAAAGUUCCACAUAUCAUAGGGAUCACUGUAAAUAAACUGCUCACCUCUGGGAAUUUAAAAUAUCUCCUGAGUUUGAUUACCUACUGCUUUCUUUGAUGCUUGAGCAAAACUACUUUAAACCCUCUUAAAGGAUAACGUGGAGAGAUUUACAAGGCUACAAGAUAAGACUACAUGAAAGUCACUGGAUAGCUCCCUCUUCUGGAUAUAGUUUUACCUGAAAGCAGAGUCCUAACAUACCCUGGUAUUCUUACCACUCUGUAGAUGUCGUUUUGUUUCUAGUGGGAACCAUGCUGCUUUUGCUUUUAACUGUUGUUUAUCUUGUAAGGUGAUGAAACACUGCAUUAUGCACAUAUAAAAUGAAAUAUGAGUAAUGAGAAAGUAAGGAUUUUCUUAAUGCAGACUUUUGCUGCAUUUUUUUUUUUUUUUUUUUUUUUUUGCUGUAUGCAAUUUUAUAUCAUCAUUUCAUUUUCUUAUGAUAUUUCAGCAAAUGUAAUAGAUUUUGUGUUAGUGAUAAGCACAACAAAUAAAACACUUGAAAUUAAUUCAUGAAUAAACCACAAAAUUGAGCUUUUUUCAUGCAAACUCACGAAAGGAAGCCAGUGCACUCACCUGCCAUCGUCUGUUACUGCUGUUUGGCUUACUGAAUCAAAUCCAUUGUACAGAUAAAAAUAGUUUAGGUAAUAACAUUUGAUCAAUUAAAAAACAGGUUCAUGGGUUUUUUUUAUACAGCUGUUGGUUGUGUUUUGUUAUAGGAAGGACCUAAAGGUUUAUUUUAUGUGUAAUAAAUACAUUUAAGUCAGACUCACUGUAGUCAAAAGAACAUUUCCCACUGCAGUAAUUAAUAUGAAGUGGUGUGGUUCUGUUGUGCUCUGACCUACCUGCCCCUCCAUGUAGAAACAUGGAAAGCCUGAGGCAGGGAGAUGGAACAGGUAUCAACAACAGAUGUGACACUGAUCAAGUUAGAAGGCAUGAAAAGAAACAGCUGGGGAGGAGGUGGGCUGUAAAGUGGUCAGCACAUGUGCCAGAAACUGUAGGCAUGCUAAAUCAGCUUGAAUAGAACAACCUAUAUGUAAUUAUCAGUAAGAUCAUUAGAAAGAUACUUGGUAUGGAUAUGGGGAGGAAUUGAUGUCAGCUGUUAUCAUCUAGCCUAAUGGGAUUGUGGGUUAAACCUGUCUUUGUGGGCUGAAGUAGUGGUAUGCUAAAUUUGUUGUUCUAAAAUAAUUUCUGCUCAGAGAGACGAAAUGUGUGCAGAGCUGGUGGCACCAAAACACUACUUGGUUUUCUGAGAGGCUCCAUUUGAUUACCAUCAUAUAACAUAAUAGUGGCAUAAAAUGCAGAUGCGUCUUUCUGAUUUGCUACUUCUCCAACACAUUCUAACUAUAGCUCUACAGCAUCGCAGUCACCAGUUGCAUUUGUCAGCCUUGGAAAUGUCAUUUUGCUGUCAUCACUCAGUGAAUGAAGAAAAGAAGGAUUAGUCCAUAAAAUGCUGCCAGCACACUGACAAGUUCUUUUUGUGUUCAUUGAAAUAAAGCCACAUUAAUUUUUAUCAGA